ACUUUUCUUCUUCUUCUUCUUCACAUUCUCUCUGAUUUUGAUACUUUCAUUUUCAUCAUCAUCAUGAAGCUGAGCAACAACAUUAUCGGAAUUCUGAACUUCCUAACCCUACUUCUUUCAAUUCCAAUUUUAGUGAUGGGAAUAUGGUUACACAAACAAGCCACCUCUGAAUGUGACAGAUGGUUAGAAAAACCCAUUAUUGCCCUUGGUGUUUUUCUCUUAAUUGUUUCUCUAAUGGGUUUCAUUGGUGCUUGUUUUCGUGUUUCAUGGCUUCUUUGGUUCUAUCUUCUUUUCAUGUUCUUACUCAUUGUUCUUCUCUUUGUUUUCACCAUUUUCUCUUUUGUUGUUACUAACAAAGGUGCUGGUGAAAAACUAUCCGAUAAAGGGUAUAAAGAAUAUAGACUUGGUGAUUAUUCUCAUUGGUUGCAGAAAAGGGUUAAUAACAAUAAAAAUUGGAAUAAGAUUAAGAGUUGUUUACAAUCUAGCCAAUUUUGCUCUUUAUAUCAUAACCAAUUUGCCAAUGAUACUGUUGAUAAAUUCUAUACUGAAAACUUGUCUGCUCUUCAGUCCGGAUGUUGUAAGCCUUCAAACGACUGUGGUUUUACUUAUGUGAACCCAACAACCUGGACAAAGACCGGAAAUGUUAGUUAUAGCAACCCCGACUGCGAUGCUUGGGUGAACGAUCCAAACAUUCUGUGCUUCAAUUGCAAAUCUUGCAAAGCUGGCUUAUUGCAAAACAUAAAGGGUGAUUGGAAGAAGUCAGCUGUUGUCAAUAUCAUAUUCCUGAUUUUCCUGAUUAUUGUCUACACCCUUGGUUGCUGUGCAUUCAAGAAUAACAGGAGAGACAAUUAUUAGCAUGUAGAUGAUUUCGCCUAUAUGGUUUAUAUGCUCUUUUUCUUUUUGUUGGUUCUUUAUGGCUUGGAUGUAUUUUUACUGUUUUCAGUACAGUUUAUUCUGUUGACAAUUUUAUAUUCAGAUGUUGUUUAAGAAGUUGUUUUAAUAACAUUUCUGUUCAUUCUUUUCAA